GUACUCCGCUGUUUGUCGCUACCGACUGAAGGUACUGGUUUCAGAGUUCCUCUUGGGCAUCACGGCCGGUGACGUGGUCGUCUGGCCUCAGGACCUGACCAUGGCCUGGGGAGGAGGCGUGUACUUUGCCCUGGCCAGCGGUCUCCUGAGCUUCCUGAGCGGUGUGUGCCUGGUCUUUGCUGAGCUCGAUCCCGCUACUGCAGAGACAACCUCCGCGGCCGUGGGCAAGGAAGCUUUGGAGUACGCCCCGGAAGCCGUCACGACGACCGAACAACAGAAGGAACAAGAGCUCCAGUUCCUUACGAGGGCCUUAGAGGCCACAGAGGCACAGCUCAAGGCCCACAACCGAAGGGUAGCAGCAACGGUGCUCCUGGCGAUGUUGGCCUUCGUCAUGCUUUUAUGCGCGGUGGGCUUCUUCAUGGGCCGCGUAGCCGUGGCUCAGGGCAUUCAGAACGCACUUCGUGGGCCACAACUCACUGUGAAGCAGACGACGUUGUCCUUCAGGAAAGCCAAAGAGCUUGCCAAGGACUCAGUGGUCGGAGCAGGGAAUGCAACCAUUACCGGCCUGUCUUCUGCUGCCCGGCACACCUGGAACGCGGGUCGCCGUGCGAAUGGCGACCUCCGCGCAAUGAGCAGCGGCGC